AUGCCUGCCCCAGACACCGUCCGCCGGCACGGCAGGCGCAAACCUGACCUGAACAUCGACACCUCGCCACCGCCGCCGCCGCCACCGCCGCGAGCCAGGGAGCGAGACCUGCAACGAGACAGACAGCGAGACGGGGGCAGAGCCGCCGAGGCCGUCCCGCAGACACCCACCGGCCUCCUGCCGCCCACGCCGUCCGAGGACAGCGUCAGCGAUUCUCCGCCCGCCCGCCCGCGAGCGCCGCAGGGGAGGGAUCCCGCCGACAUUGAGACAUUCCUCGAGGGUCUUACCCCCGUCGACAUCCCGAUCGACAUGACCGAUAAAGAUAUCGACCGCCCCGAACCACACCGCCCCGGCCUGCGGGACUCGCACGACCUCUCGCUCCCCCCCCGUCAGGUCACCCGCGACUCGCUCGUCGCGAACAUGCUGCUUUCGCUCGAUCAACUCUCAAUGGGUCAGAUUGGCACGACUUACGGCCCUUCCAGGUCUAGCUACGACGAGUCGGCCAUCUACCGUACCCCGUUCAGCGAGGACGCACGGGCGAUGACGUUCACCUCGAGAUCGGGCCGCGCCAACGGACACGGAUACUCGUACAGCUCCGACUUCGAGGGCGCCGAUGACGCGAGCAGGAUAUCGUCGCGGGGACGCCGCAGCAACAGCAGCUCCGGGUACCAGCCCGGCCUGGGCCGCAUCAAUAGCAUGCGCGAGACCUCGCAGAGGAGCCCGGCGCGGCCGCUGCACUCCAGGGGCGGCAAGGGUAGCAAGAGCAGCAGCACGGCCAGCGUCGACGCAGGCUAUGCCCAGGUCCUGAGUAGCCAGCGCUGGGCCAGGGGCUUUGGGGGCAGGUCGUCCAGCUUUGACGGCGAGCCGCGCCCGUCGCCCGCCCCCUGGCAGGUCGAGUUCGCGAGCUCCUUCUUCAACGACGCAUACGAUGCCGCCCCGACCCCUACAGUCCCAGCAGGCCCGCGGAAGCUGACCACGGCGCCGUCCAUGCCCGUCAUGCCGCCUCCCGAGCCGAAGCCGGUUCCCAAAUCACCUACGAGGGGAGCUGCUCCUGAGCGUCGCCGCAGCACCCGGUCUUCCAGGAGCGCGACGGUCGGCCGCAAGGCCGAGCCCAAGUUCAACGCAGCACGCGACGCGCCGCCUCUGCCCGUCUUUGACCUCGACUCCGCCCCUGCGCCGCAUGUUGGGUACGAGAAGACAAAGGAGCCCGUCCCAGUGCCGCCGGCGAAUGCGGCCCCUCAGCCCAAAGAGAAGCAGGGCUUUUUCAGGAGGAUGUUCGGGUCGUCAAAGUCGGCCGUGACCAGCAGCUCAUCGUCGCCUCAGGUCUCGGCCUUCUCACAACAACAGAAAUCUUCCACUCCGCCGUCCCGCGAGUCCCACCAAUCGGCCACCCACACGCUGCAAAAGAAGACCUCGUCCUUCUUCCGGAGACGGAAGUACUCCAUCACCGAUUCUGAGCCGCCACCGGUGCCGGCCUUGCCGCUGGCCCCUGCUGUCAAGCUGCCUUUGGACAGGUUAGACGUGCUGGCUGGAAAGGCGGAGCCUAGUCCCAUUACCAGCCUCCGGCGGGCUAUGGACCCAUUCCUGCAAGACAGCAGCUCGGCCUCCGCCGCUCCGGAGAAUCCUGCGGAUACUCCGUUGCCCUCGGUUGAGAGCCCCCACGACCCCCAUCAGGAGAAGACCACCGAGCGAGCUGCCGCCGAAAAUGACGAAGACCGCGCGCCCAGAGGUUUCUCGCCCGAUUACGAGCCGAGCCCGAAGGCCGUCAUCCGCAAGGUCGAUCCCGAGACCGUCACGCCAGGAUCACGCCCGGUCGCUACACCGAGCCGGCAACCUGAUGAGUACCCUGCUGGAUCCCCGCCCAAGUCAUUCCUUAGGGACAACAGCGACAGCGAGGACAGCCCGGUGCGGCAACGGAAGGCGCCGCGCUCGGAGCCUCGAGAGAAGAACCUCAGACCGGGACCGCAGCCAGACGGCCGGACGCGGUCCCCUUCCCCAGUCGUGUCGAAAUCGAAGAGCGUCCCCAACCUGAAUAAGGCUAGGGAAGAGGCUCGGUUGUCAUCGCGGCCGGACUCUAAGCGGUCGCCCUCUGCUCGAAACGAUCGGGGUGAUUCCAGCGCACUUAGUCCAGAGGCGGGUGCUGAGCCUAGGUACAAACACAGCGUGCCGAGUCUCCGAGUUGACAGUGCCGAGCCCAGUCCGAACGGCAUGGGGACGGGCGAGUCGAUCAACCAGUCAGCGAAGUCCAUUGAUGAGCCCGAAAUCAUAGUGGGGGACCCUACCGAGGAUGAUCGCCAAAAGGCGCAGAAGAUUUUCGACGGCAAUGAGGAUUUCAUCCAAAAGGACCGGGCCGCCGCUUGGAUGGGCGAAGAGGGGAUUGUGCGGCAGCGGACCCUGCGCGCCUACAUGGAGCUCUACGACUUCGAGGGCCAGAGCAUAUUGGCCAGUAUGCGCCAGGUUUGCCAGCGGCUGCUGCUGCGAGCCGAAACGCAACAGCUCGACCGCAUCUUGGUGGCCUUUUCGAAGCGGUGGUGUGAAUGUAACGCCAACCACGGCUUCAAGUCGACAGACGUCAUUCACACGAUAUGCUACUCCAUCAUCCUGCUCAACACCGACCUGCACAUGGCCGAUAUUGAGCACAAGAUGACCAGGAGCCAGUUCAUCAAGAACACCAUGACCACCAUCAGGCAGGCCCUCCAGGAGUCGGCCCCUGAUGCGUUCAACCGGCCGAGCAUUCUACCGGGCAAGGCGACUCUAGGUGCUGAUGGCGAGGGACGCACGUCGGAGGACUCGAAGCACAACAGCUUCCGCGCUUCGUUCAAACCUCCGCCGAGGCCGGGCUCCGCCCUUGGCACUUUCUCCGACCAAACCCCAGGCGACAGCUGUGGCCCCCUUGUCAAGGCGCCGUUCGAUGGCCCGCUCCGGGCCUGGGAAGCCCAGGUCGAGCUCGUGCUCAAGGACAUUUACGCCUCGAUCCGCGACGAACGCCUGCCGCUGUUCGGCGCCGAGCCGGCGGCUCCGCAAACCCCGGGGGGCCUCUCGGUCAUGGGCGUGCUCAAGCGCACGCCAAGCGUGCUGAGCAAGGCACCAUCAGAGGGUGUGGCGUCCACUCGCGGCAGGGUGCCCGAAGCGGCCAAGGCAAGCUCUUCGCGGUGGAACUCCAAGAGCCGCUCGCGGCCGAGGGGAUUCAACAACGGCUUCUCGUCUAGUAGGACGAGCUUGGAGGAUGGCAACUCGGUUUGGACCCCGACCGAUUCCUCCGCGACGUGGAGCAAGCUCUCGCUCGGGCGCACGCACACGUCCAUGUCGAUGGAUUCCUUCGGUUCGUCGUACCCGCGCGGCGACUUCCAGCAGUCCAUCGGGUUCGCGAACGCGCUGAGCCAGGCUAUCAUCCGCGAGGACAGCGCUCUCGAGACGCUUAAGGACGAGAUCAAGAACGAGCAGCUGCUAGACGACGAGUCCCUGGAGCUGGAGGGACCGCCGUGGGUCAAGGAGGGCAUCGUCACGCACAAGCACCACCUGGACGGCAUCGACAGGAAGGCCAAGGGCCGCAACUGGGUCGAGGUCUUUGCCGUCGUCCAGAAGGGCCAGCUGAGCCUGUUCUCCUUCUCUCCAAACAAGUCUCUGCGCAACAAGGCCAGACGCGGGCUCGGCAGCACCGCGCUCCUGCCGAAGGGCGCCGUGGUCGGCGGCGGCAACUGGCAGGACAACGCGACCAACCUCGGGACCUUCUCGCUACGCCAGACCCUGGCCACCGCGCUGCCCCCGCCGGGCUACUCGCGGACCCGUCCGUACGUCUGGGCCCUCUCGCUCCCCACCGGCGCCGUGCACCUGUUCCAGGUCGGCACACCCGAGAUCUGCAGGGAAUUCGUCAGCACGGCCAACUACUGGAGCGCCCGCCUCAGCACGCACCCGCUGGUCGGCGGCAUCUCCAACAUCGAAUACGGCUGGAGCGAGGCUCUCAUCAACAGUGCGUCGACCAACGCCGCCCACCACCCCGCCAACGACAGCGCCGCCAGCAUCGUCGGCGGCCGCCCGCCGAGCAGCACCAAGGGCCACUCCCGGCCGGGCAGCGCCGCCAACGCCGCCUCGGUCGCCGCCGCCGGCGUCGGCCGCUCGUCCAUGCAGUCAGGCCGCUCGAUGCGCUCCGCCUCCUUCGACUUCGCCGUGCGCCCGGGAUCCGGCAGCUCCGGCGUCCUCGGCGGCGGCGGCGGCAGCACCCUCCCGCGCCACCACGCGCACCCCCACCACAGCAGCGCGCACCCGCACCACGGCCGCCUCCCCGGCGACCGCGUGCACAUCGCGGACUGGACGCCGCCGACGCCGUCGAUGCGGCCGUCGCCGCUCGCCGAGGCGGACCAGCUCGAGUCGCUGCUCGGGUACGUGCGCGCGCUCGAGGCCGAGCUGCAGGCGCACAACGCGCUGCGCUCGCCCAUGCUGGGCGCCUUCUCGCCCCGCUCGCCCAACGCCGCCCGCGCCAUGGCCAACUGGGAGCGCAAGAGCGAGUACCUCCUCCGCGAGAUCGUCAAGUUCCGCACCUACGUCGACGCCCUCCGCCACGCCGAGGCCCGCCGCCGCGAGAUCUACCGCGAGCGCGAGACCGCCCGCCGCGCCGCCCGCGGCGAGGAGGUCCGUGAUGUCGGCGAGAGCGAGGAUGAGGAUGAGCGCGAGCAUGAGCGGGAGGCUCCAGUGAGCAGCGGUGGAGGAAAGAGUCUGAGUGACGGCUGA